GCACCCACCCACUCACUCACCCACCCAUUCAUCCACCCACCCACGCACACACGCAUCCACCCACUUGCCCACAAAGUCAUUCACUCACGCAGUGGCGCGCUAACCGCUGCGCCACCGCUCCCAUUGCUCCUCUCUCGCUCGCCCGCCUCCUCUGUUUGGUUGGAUGGCGUCGUCGGCGUAUUGGAUUUGUUGUUGUUGAUGUUUCCUGUGGAUCGUUCUGACUACUCCUCAUCGCUCCGUCUCAUCCUGCAGGGAGAUUCCCCUGCUCGGAGAUCCGCUCCCUGCCACCGCCUCCUCCUCCUGCUACUGUUGUUCAUCCUGCUACUGAUCCUCCUGCUGCUCCUCUGCUCCGGCGGGGGAGUUCAGGAAGCCGACGCGGCGAUUAAAGAAGAGGACAUUGAGGCUGAAGAAGUGGGACUCUGCGUCAAAGAAGAAGAAGAUCGAGAUUAUGAUGACGACGACGACAUCCAGGCUGAAGGGGGAUUUGGGAGCAAGGCGACCGUUGGUGAUAGUUUCACCAUCGCCACCAUCGCCACCACCGCCACCACCGCCACCGCGGUCAGACAUGGAGAGUCCCGAGCACCGCGACAGGACUGGGCCGGCACUUCCCCGAGCGUGGCGGAGAUCGAGGUGACCUUGGAGGACGACAUUGAGGCCAGCAUCAGGACUCAAGCACCGGACGCCGCGCUGGGCCGACGUUCGAGGGACGGCGGCGGCGGCCGAGGCGGCGGCGUGCCGGCGGCCCGGCACGCUUGCUCGCUGUGCGGCAGGAGCUUCGUGCGCCCAUCGGCCCUCAAGAGCCACACGAUGACGCACACGGGCGAGCGGCCGCACGGGUGCCCCGUGUGCGCCAAGCGCUUCGCCCACCCCUCCGACCUGAGGAUCCACGCGAGGAUCCACACGGGCGAGCGGCCGCACGCCUGCCCCGACUGCUCCAAGGUCUUCGUGCAGUCCUCCAACCUCAGGAGCCACAUGAGGAUCCACACGGGCGAGCGGCCGCACGCCUGUCACGCGUGCGGCAAGCGCUACAUUCACCCGUCGGAGCUCAGGAGCCACGCGAGGACACACACGGGCGAGCGGCCGCACGUCUGCGGCGUGUGCGGCAAGGGCUUCCUGCAGUCGUCGAACCUCAAGAGCCACGCGAGAAUCCACACGGGCGAGCGGCCGCACGUCUGCACCGUGUGCGGCAAGGGCUUCAUGCAGUCGUCGACGCUCAAGAGCCACGCGAUCACGCACACUGACGACCGGCCGUUCCGGUGCGCCGUGUGUGACCGGAGCUUCAGGCGCCCGUCGGUUCUCAAGAGCCACCUGCUGGCGCACGCCGGCGGACGGCGCCCAUUGCUCGAGCGCUCCGUGCACGGCAGAGGGCUCUCGAGCGCAACACGCACCUCGGGGGUGCACGCGGGGACCCAUGGCAGAGGGAGCGCCAGGACGCCCCCCAGUUGUUGAGCCUCGCAUCAAGAAUCGUUGCAAUCGGGAAUCUUUUGUUUAGACUGACGGGGAGGAGAGUGUGGAAGAAUUUGAUGAGCAUUGAAGCGCUUUUUUCACCAAUGUCCACUAUGGGCACGGGCUUCAGCAAAAUUACAAAUCUGUAAAUGUUAAAUAACAACAAGCGACAUCACCACAGCGCCUGUGCCAGGCCGUGUGCACUUUAAGGCCACGUGAAGUGUCGAACGCCCAAUGGCAUGGAGCUCAUGGGACAGACCCAGCAGGUGCCACAGGUCGACUGAGACGACUGGCGGAUUCACCACCUGUGCCCCCUACUGUGCCAAUUUGCUGCGUUUUAGCCACCCGUCGCUCCGCUCGUUGUUGUGAGCAUCGCUCCCUCUGUCCUUCAUUAUUGCUGGAGGACAGCUGCCUCCAACUGCCCAGUAGCAGCGUCCUUCACGAGCCUCCUCCACAGAUACCGAUCUUGACACCGCUUGGGCCAAGUAAUUGGCAAGUUCACUCAGCUACACAUCCGCUUGUACCACAUCACUCCAUCUCUUCUCUAGCCCGUACCGCACCCAUUUAGCCCUCUUUAUCCGGUCACUGGUUCUUCAGGCUCUGCAGAUGUAGAUGCCACUGGUUCUUAACGCGCUGCAGAUGUAGACGUCACUGAUUCUUCAUGUUCUGCAAAUGUAGAUGCUAAUUCAUUUUGGUGCUCGUAUUUCCUCUCUACUUUCUUGAAAAACUUACAAAGUUGCUCUCUUAUCUUCAUAAAUCAACUUGUAACAGGCAGUAUCAUCAUGAACAGCUGCCGACACCUUAGUAAACCUUUCAUUGUUUGGGUCCUGAGAUUCAAAAUAAGCCAGUGCUUGAUACACGAACAACCACCACCAUCUAUUGUGCGGCGGUUGAACUUACAACUCUCGGUCCGAACAGCUGCAACUGGACCAUAUGGGGGACAGGUUUGUUCAUAUCUCUGCAAGUUCAUAAGUUGAACGUUCACUAAGUAGAGGGGGUCCCCGAACUCGCAACACGAUCGGAAUGCGAAACUACAGGAAAGGAAACGUGAGCAAAUCGCGAACACAAGAAAAAUGGAAAAUCCAAACCAUGUUUUACUCCACCGGCUAAAGUCCACUGAGCUAAUCGCCUCUUGGCGUCACACCUUCACCGCAGGAUUGCUCGUCAUCGAUUCACGAGGGAGGGAGGUGAGGGAGGGGGGCAGAGGCUUCAUACCGCCGCUGUGAUGUUCGCCGCCUGAACUUCGUCGGUCAAACUUAACGUGGCACCUUGUCAGUCGCCGCACCCCCCCCCCCUUUCCCCGUGUCCAAGACGUCUCUGGCAGGUUUGUCAGUUUAACACGUAGGCUUUCGCGAACAAUAUCCAUAAUACAGGUUUUUUGUGUUAGGUUGCAUAAAUAUAUAUAAGGCUGGCUGUCGUCUGAUGAAGCUAGUUGUAAUUACUGGUGAAACGUUGUACUCAGAUUUUAAAUGGUUUUUUUUUGUUAGAUCGCGCAAAUAUAUGAACGUGUCACUCAUACAAUCGCCACCACCCGACACAGCCAACUAGUAAGGGUUGUCACGCAAACAGAACGUGGCAAUUCGUCACUAGUACAGCACACCGGUGUGUUAGAAAGCCAAGCCACAACAUCUUUGAUUUUGUCCUUCCUGUCUAUUUUGUGUAUUAAAAUAGCUGUACUAAUGGUAAUCCCUACUAAAGUAUGCUGCCCUUUACAGGCAUGCAUUUAAAUCAUGUAUUAUUUGAUGAUUCGCUUUCGCUUCCACGCAGCACUAAGACGGUAACUAUCCAAACAGUUAAAAUUAUUUGUAUUUCUUUCAAUUUCGAUAGAUUCUCUAAUUAGUCUUGGCCAGUAGUAGCUAGUUUUGCACAAAACUUCAACAUUAUCAAAAUCAAUUGAGUGUCCUUGUUGGCACGCGUGUUCUGCUACUGCUGACAGUUGUAUUUGGGAGAAGUGUGGUCACCACAUCUACACCUCUAUAUAAGGAACGAAACAGGCGGACUUCUCCACAAAUCUGGCUGUCGCCUGAUGAAGCUAGUUGUAAUUACUGGUGAAACGCUGUACUCGGAUUGUAAAUGUGGCUUGGCUCUCCAACCCACCGAUGUGCUGUACUGGUGACGAAUUGGCAUGUUCUGUUUACGUGACAACCCUUUUAGAAUCAACGUCACCACGCAUUUGGAGAGUAUUUGGCUGCUGCUUUCCAUUUCCACAUGAUGAUGAUAAGCCCCAUUUCACUGAGCUAUCAUCUCGUGUGGCCAGGGCCGCUUCUGAAAAAGAGCCCAGUGGGGGGAGGCCCUUACACCUGGUAACAUUUUUUUUUAUAUUUUAGUUUGUGACUCAGGUGGAAAUGUGGUAGUUUUCUUGCGUGGACGUUGGAGUGGUUGCCUUUUCAUGUCCGGUCUUUUCUAUCAAUCCAUCAUCCCGAUCUGUGCUCUUGACUGGAUAUACGGAAAUCGCUCGCCACACCGCGCGGGAACCGGAAAUUGUCAUUAGGCUCCUGGGAAAAAGCCGCGGGUAGGCAAAUUUGUGGCUGGCGAAGUUACAGGGCGCCGAUGGGAAGUUUGGGGGGGGGGGGUUAGGGGAACCACAGCCGUGGGUCAGACUCUUCGUAGCUGAACUAAGUUAGUUUAACACACACUAGUAGUUGUCGGGCUUUUGCGACCAACAUCCAUUUCAUUUGGGUUAGAUGACCGAAAUUAUAAACGUGUCUUUAAACCCGCCACCAUCCGACAGGGCCAAUUAGUUCAGGGGUUUGUCAUGUAAACACAACGUGGCCAAUUAGUUACGAGUAGAGCACUAACCGGUUGUGUGUCGGAGAGUAAACCCACAACAUUUACAAUUCGCAAUUUACCUGCCUUUUUCUUCACUAAACACCGAAUAAAAUGCACACACAAACAUAACACAACAUAAGUAAAACACAUUACGUGAACUUUACACACCUUUAAUAUUAACGAUGAUGGCGAUGGCGAUGAGAUGAUGGUGGGAAGGCCUGGUUAGAAGGAGUAAGGAGAAGAGAGGAGGGAGGCUCAGCCCACACUCACCCUCCGGUGCCACAGCACUCACCCUCACGAUUAAGAGUGAAACAUGUAUCUGUUUCCGGAAACCGGAAGCAAAAAAAUUAAUAUCUUUGAAAAAUAAGAAUUCGUUUUGAAUCUUUCUGGCAAUAAUACAACGGGAGAUGACACCUUUUGCGAGGCAUCAAGUCUGCAUUGACCACACGCAGUACUUGUGCAAAACAUGCAAACCAACAUGGCUCUGAUAAAAAGGUCUCACAGAUAAACUUCGUCGGGACAUCACUUCAUUCAUGGUGACACGCAAUACAAUGUCGUGCCGCGGUGAUGCAAUGAUGUAUAACAAUACAAUGUCAUGUUGACUUCUUCCUUAACACUGUGUUCACCCGUGGAUACUCAAGUUUCCAGGCCAAAUUUUGGUAAAUCGGUACAGAGAUAAUGAAACCGUGCGUGCACAAAACCGCGGUCCGCAAGUCCACGGUUUGGAGAGGGAUUCCUGUAAAUCGGUCCUAUAUUAAUCCGUCAUCCGGAUAUGUGCUUUUGACUGGCUAACGAAAUGUAACAUCAUACUGUAAAAUGUCGAUAUUCAUACAUACAUCAUUAUCCAAGAGCAACUAUCUGCCUCGCCUGGUAUGCAGGAGGUCGUGCAUGGGUUCGAUCCCAACCCUGACGCCUGUUGUAUAUUUGGAGUUUGCGUGUCUCUCUCUCUCCCCAUGGUCUAGUGGAUUUUUUUUCCGGGUCUUUCGGUUGAUCCCUCCACAUUUAGAAUCGACAUGCGCUUAAGAGUAUUUAGAUGCUGCUAUACAUUCCCACGUGAUAAGCCCACUUCGUGGGGCUAUUAUUUUUUAUAGCCAGGUCGGUUCUGAUAAAAAAAGAGCUACACAGCUCAGUGUGGCCUUAUGCCUGGCGAAAUAAAUAGUUAAGUUUUAGUUUUUAGUUAGAGACACAUAAGCUAAUGCUGUUGCUGGAAUGGUCAAUUGGUUAAGCCUUUGCACUUUUAUCUUUGAGUUAUUAUAGAAUGGUCAAGCACUGCUUUUUCAGUUUAACACGUAAUAGGGCUUUUCACAACAUAUAUCAACAAUAGAGGUGGUUUAAAUUUUGGGUUAGAUAGCAUAAACAUAUAAACGUGUCGUGAGAACUUCCUGGGAGGGGGGCGGUGGCGGCUUUAACGACGCAUAUUUAAAAAUAAUAGGAUUUUACCCUUUCUAUAAAUAAAAGAGGCGUUAAGAUGUUCUAACACCAAUUAUGGGAGACUCUCGAUUGUCCGCGUGGGGUUUAUCCAAUUUGUGGAUUAACCGCGCACCUGUGAUGUUGAUGUGAAUUAAUAACCCAUGGAUUUUCCAUUACAGCUGUACAUCGUUAUUCUUGGAAACGUGUAUUACACGUCACGUGUUUAAACCGAAAAAACAUGUUGCUCUGGUUUUAAUCCGAAAUCCGCGUGAUCGCCACUACAGUGCAGUAGUUGCAAUGUAUUUACAAGUGGGUGGAGUUUCGAUUUAAAGCUUUCGUGACUGCAGGGAUUCAUCUUCUUGGUUCUUUCGGUAAA